GGCUCAGCGCCCGGUUUCCAAUGGCCGCCCGCGGGGGCCUCGCCGCCCCAGCAGGGCUCUCCUUCGCGGGGCAGCGCACGGAUAGGUGACAACCAAAGCAGGGGCCGAGCCACAGCCGUUUCCCGGCACUGAAGCUGAGGGGCUGCCGGAGCUCAGCCAUCGACAGGGAGCGGACCGCGGUUCCAGGGGACCCUCAGGGCACAGCUUAAAGCGAGGCUUAAAGCGAUGGGGGGAGCGGCCCCGGCCUGCGGGGCGGCGAGGAGGAACCCUCAGUGCUGACUGAGAGACCCCCACUCGGGCGCUCACGGACACCCACCCCACCCGCUGCGCCCCUCUCCUCAGUGAGGGCGACUCCCUCGGGCCCCACAGACCGGCCCCCGCCUCGGCCCGGCCGCCCUCCCAUUGGCCGCCGGUGCUGCCCGUCCGCCCGCCCCGCGGGCAGCAGGUGUCGGCGGCCCCGGCGGGCGGCGCGGCAGUGAGGGCGGCGACGGCCGGCGGGCAGGUAUUAUCAAUAGAGGACAACACUUUUUGCUGUCCAGAGAUGGAAAACAACAUAACAACUAUCUCUCGUGAAGAGCUUGAAGAACUAAGAGAAGCAUUCGAUAAAAUAGACAUUGACAACAGUGGGUACGUCAGUGAUUAUGAGCUUCAAGACCUGUUUAAAGAAGCAAGUCUCCCCUUGCCUGGUUACAAAGUUCGGGAAAUUGUGGAAAAAAUCAUUGCGGUGACAGAUAGCAACAAGGAUGGGAGAAUCAACUUUGAAGAGUUUGUCUCUAUAAUUCAGGAAUUGAAAAGUAAAGAUGUUAGCAAAUCUUUCAGAAAAACAAUAAACAAAAAGCAGGGUAUUACAGCAAUUGGAGGAACAUCAGCAAUAUCCAGUGAGGGAACACAGCACUCUUAUUCAGAGGAAGAAAAAGUAGCUUUUGUCAAUUGGAUAAAUAAAGCUCUACAAGAUGACCCAGACUGUAAGCACCUCCUACCUAUGAACCCAUCAGAUGCCAGUCUUUUUAAAUCCCUUGCAGAUGGCAUUCUUCUCUGCAAAAUGAUCAACUUUUCACAACCAGAUACAAUUGAUGAAAGGGCUAUUAAUAAGAAGAAACUCACUCCUUUCACUGUUUCUGAAAACCUAAACCUGGCUCUGAACUCAGCAUCUGCUAUUGGCUGUACGGUUGUCAAUAUCGGAUCACAAGAUUUGCAAGAAGGAAAACCACACUUGGUAUUAGGACUCUUAUGGCAGAUCAUUAAAGUUGGUCUUUUUGCUGACAUUGAGCUCUCCAGAAACGAAGCUCUUAUUGCAUUGCUAAAUGAAGGGGAAGAACUAGAUCAGUUAAUGAAGCUUUCCCCGGAGGAGCUCUUGCUACGCUGGGUGAACUACCAUCUGGCCAAUGCAGGGUGGCAGAAAAUCAAUAACUUCAGCCAAGACAUUAAGGAUUCAAGAGCAUACUACCAUCUGUUAGAUCAGAUUGCACCCAAAGGGGAUGACCCUGAUGAAUUGCCCAUUAAAAUCGACUUUUCAGGAUUCCAUGAUAAAAAUGACUUGAGGAGGGCUGAAUGCAUGCUCCAACAGGCAGAUAAAUUGGGCUGCAGACAGUUUGUAACUCCAGCUGAUGUGGUUGCAGGCAACCCUAAACUCAAUUUGGCUUUUGUUGCAAAUCUCUUUAACACAUAUCCAGCCCUACACAAGCCUGACAAUUCAUCUUACGAUCUCAAUUUAUUAGAAGGAGAAAGCAAGGAAGAAAGAACUUUCAGAAACUGGAUGAAUUCACUGGGUGUAAGCCCAUAUGUUAACCAUUUAUACAGUGACCUCUCUGAUGCUUUAAUAAUCUUUCAACUGUAUGGUAUGACUCGUGUGCCAGUUGACUGGAACCACGUAAACAAGCCUCCUUAUCCAUUACUUGGUGGUAAUAUGAAAAAGGACAAAUCAAUUAGCACUAGUUUACCUGUCCUAGAUUUAAUAGAUGCCAUUGCACCAAAAGCAGUUCGUCCAGAAAUGGUCAAGAGAGAAGAUCUUUCUGACGAAGACAAAUUGAAUAAUGCUAAGUAUGCCAUUUCAGUUGCUCGAAAAAUCGGUGCUCGUAUAUAUGCUCUCCCAGAUGAUCUGGUUGAAGUGAAGCCAAAAAUGGUGAUGACAGUGUUUGCAUGUUUGAUGGGAAGAGGACUGAACAGAAUAAAAUAAUGAAGAGAUGUAAUACAACUUUCUGCCAUGUUAAGCACGAUGAAUGCCUCAUAGUUUACACAGUUCUGAAGCUUAGUGUAAAGCAAGAAAAAUUGUAUGCACAAAUAUACUCAUUAAUUACCUUUUAAUAAUGUGUUUAUAUUGGUUAAACUUUUAUUCAAUUUCAUAACACAUUGAUUAUUUAUGGGUAAUACUGUAUUCAGAACAUGUUCAUUACCGAAUUAACAUCACAAAUUUGUAUUGCUUUAAAAAAACCCAGACCAUAUUAAUCAAGCUUCAUUUGUAUUAGUUUCCAUAGCAUUGUAAGAAUCUGCAUCAUUUUACAUGUUAUUUCAGGACCUAUUGUGAAACAUUGUUUGAUUUUUGUGAGUGUUACUUACUUGUAGUCACACGGGUCUCAAGGUGCAUUCCUGUCCUGUCCUAUUACUCCUAACCGCCCGAAAGUUAUCAUCCUUGCCUUAUUCUUUGAGAGCUUAACUCCUGUUGAGGCCAAUGACAGUCUUGCCAUUGACUUCGGUGAGAGCAAGAGAAGGCCUAUGAUAAUGUCUGGAAACUAAUUAAUACUGUUAAAGCUGAUGAAACCUUUCUGUGGGACUAACAUACGUAGUAGUUUUGUCCUGUUACUGAGCAGGAACUUCUAUGGUCUGUAUCUUAAUUAAAAACAGCAAAUAGUAAGCAGAAAUGUGAUCAUGUCAUUACUAGGUCUGCAUAUACAUUAGAUUUUGCAGUUGGACUAAAGAUCUGAUUUCUUUUUUUUUUUUAAUUUUUCAUAAAAUAUUGUAUAAGAAAAUAAUAAAGAGCUGGCAAGUCCAGUUUGGGAUUUCA